AUGGACUCGCUCUCUGUACUUGCAAUGGCUGCUGCUGCUGCCCCUCGAUCCCAGGUGCCCCACUCUGUGCCCAAUUUCAGCAUCCGGAAAGCUCGAAGCGAAGAUAUACCAUUGCUAGGGCCAGUGGAGCGCUCUGCAGCAGAGAUAUUUAGAACAGUUAACCUCGGUUCUCUUGCCGAUGAUGAGACGACUGUGGCCCCGUCCAUUCUGGCAACAAUGGCGGAUUCAAAUCACCUUCUGGUUGCUGUCAACGAGUCGGAUCAGCCCAUCGGUUUCGUCGGAGGUAUGAAUAUUGAUGGCAACUUCCAUAUUGUCGAGAUAUCUGUUGCGCAGGCUGUCCAAGGGAAGGGAGUUGGGAGCGCCUUGAUGGCAGAAAUGACGCGUCAGGUCAAGGAAGAGAAAUUCAUGGUAAUGACAUUGACCACAUACAGAAAUGUUGCUUGGAAUGGCCCUUGGUAUAAAAAAUUGGGAUUCCAAGAAGUGACAGCAGAGGAAAUGGGAAAGGAAUAUCUGAAAAUAUGGGACGUGGAAAGCCAGCACGGCCACGACAUGGCUUCCCGAUGUGUGAUGAGAAAAAGCCUUUGA